AUGGGUAAAUUAAUGCAGCGAAGUGUCCUUUAUGUGUUUCUGGUGCUCUCUGUGAUAACUUUAACGAGAUGUGGGUUGCUAGAGGUAUCCCAGAUGCUCUGGAACAAGACGGUGUCAGGGGACAUGACGAAAAUAGGCAAGCUGGACCCGUUGAGGGUGCCUUUAAUUAAGAUUGAUCAAUCCGAGGGCGAUACCAAUUACAGAGUGAUUUUGAAGAACUUGGAGAUUAUCGGGCUUAACGGAUCGAUCUUGGAGAGUAUCCACGUCGCUCGUGGUGGACUGAAGUCCAAUCUGAGUGAAUCGGAAGCCGGAUACGUGAGUUAUAGCGAUCUCAGAGAUAUGGAUUCUAUUAGAUAUAGAUUCCACACUAUGAUAAGAGAACCCAGUGUGCCUAAGGAAAGUUUCGAAGCCGUCGUUUCGCCUGCGAAUCGAAUUGCUAAUACAAGGCCCUUUUCGCGAUAUCAGAAUACCCGUUUCGAACGAUUGCAGCAAGAUCAACACGGCGCCAGAAUAUUCGAGCAAAAUCAGCAGCAUGACCGCCGGAUUCCUUUGCGUUCUGAUGUCAUAUCUGAUGGUUCUUAUAGAGGCAAUUUGAGAUUAUCAAGCAAUUUUGAAGCAAAUUCUGGAAACGCCGAAAGUUUUAAGCGGCCAGCCUACAUUCAGCCUAUUUAUACACAGAACACGAGAGGCUUUCAAGGAUAUCACGGAAGUCUACGGAAUAUUGAAGAUACCAUUGAUUGCGAUAAUACAAAGACAUCUUCCCAGUUUAGAGGACAUCAAGAUAGUCGACAAUAUGAUCAAAAUUCCAAUGUUGGAUAUUACGGAGAACAAAUCAGGGAUGCUGAGGUUUCUGCAUCAGAAAUAGCCGAGACUAGAUUGAAAAAUCAGAAUAUAAGACCGCCUGUGUUAUAUAAUAGAGAAAAAUCUCAACGAUCAAACGUUGAGUCUUCUAGCAAAGAUAAAUCAAGAGACGUAACAAGUGAGCGAUCCGAUUAUAUCGACAUUGUUUAUGUGGAUGAUAAAACUAAUAAUAGCGUAAAACGUUUCGGUAAUCUGCGUACUGAUUCUCGAGAGAAUCUGAAAGUACACGGCAUUGAAGAUGUUAUGAAGAAUAUUCGAGAGAAUACAAAAUUUAUUAUUUACAAUUUUACGGAAGGUGAAGCUCUAAAAAAGAGAAACGACGUAGUUAACGCUGCGAUGGAAACCAAAAAAUUGAAGGAUCUAAUCAGAUAUGCGAAAAAUUAUCAAGAACAGCAAGGGUACUUCGAAGAAGGCAUGCAGCUGCUCUAUCAUUAUGGUGGAAUAAAUGUAACAAAUGAUAGCGUCUCUCAAAAUUUCAGUGAUACCAAAAGAACGAAACGAGCGCAUCCUGAAUUGACAUCUGAAGACGAUGUGAUGCAUGUGAUUUUGAGAAUACGCGUCCCGCUACUUCGAGUGAAGUCUCAAUACACGCUUAUGGGAAAAGUAGGAAAGGAGAUAUUACAUGGGAAUGGUCUACUCGCUGGGAACUUUACCGAUGUAGUGGGCGACUUCACGCUGGAACUGAAGAAGGUUAAUGAAGAAUUGAUAAUAGUUCGUGGUGCUAGAGCGAAGCUAUCUGUAAAAGAUAAGAAAAUCAAUCUUCAAGGUAUGGACGAGAAGGGACCUGUGCAAACUAUUCUCAGUUAUGGUUUAACAGCUGCGGAGGCAGUCGCCGCAAUGCUCGCCGACGACUUCGCGACCAAGGGACUUAGUGAGAGAACGGCUGACGCAUUGGUCUACAAGAUGUACAAGGAUUUCCCAGUCAAUUAA